CCGGUAUUUCAGCUGUCCAAAGACAAAUUCAUACCUAUAUAAUGUAACAGAAAAUAUUGAGCAAAUAGAAGUGUAGAGUGUAUUAUUCAGCAAGAUGAUCAUCUCUGGAGGCAGCUGUGGAAGCCCUAGUUCUACAGAUAUAUCUAAUGACUUUAAGGAACUUUGGACAAAACUAAAAGAGUAUCAUGAUAAAGAAGUACAAGGUUUACAAGUGAAAGUAACCAAACUGAAAAAGGAACAAAUUUUAGAUGCACAAAGACUAGAAGAAUUCUUCACAAAAAAUCAACAGCUGAGAGAGCAACAGAAAGUUCUUCAUGAAACCAUUAAAGUUUUAGAAGAUCGGUUAAGAGCAGGAUUAUGCGAUCACUGUGCAGUAACUGAAGAACAUAUGCGGAAAAAACAGCAAGAGUUUGAAAACAUCUGGCAGCACAAUCUUAAACUUAUUACAGAGCUGAUGAAUGAAAAAAAUACUCUACAGGAAGAAAAUAAAAAGCUUUCUGAACAAUUACAGCAAAAAAUUGAUAACCAGCUGCGAAGGAAGGAGAGCCUCCUUGUCCAAUACAUAGAACAAACACAUACUAAAUCGGAGCUCUCUGUGUGUCCAAAUGAACUGAGAAAAGUUUCGAAGGCAUCAACUCAUCCACAACAUAAUUCUAAUGAAAAUGAAAUUCUAGUAGCUGACACUUGUGAUCAAAGUCAACCUCUAAUAGCUAAAACACAUGGGACAAGCAGUUAUCCCACUGAUAAGUCAUCUUUCAAUUUAGCUGCAGUUGUUGCUGAAACACUUGGACUCAGUGUUCAAGAAGAAUCAGAAUCUCAAAGUCCCAUGAGCCCUCGUGGUGAUGACCUCUACCACUGUUUGGAAGAAGAUCACAAGAAACAGCCUUCUGAGGAAUCUACAAGAAAUAUUGAUGAUAAUUUAAGAUUUUCAGAUUCUACUUCACAAUCUCCUCCUCAAGAAUUGACUACUCGGGUGUCAUCUCCUGUAUUUGGAGCUACCUCUAAUAUGAAAAGUAGUUUAGGUUUGAAUACAAGUUUGUCCCCUUCUCUUUUAGAGACUGGGAAGAAAAAAAGUCUGAAAACAGCCCCUUUCACCAAUACUUGUAUUUCUAGAUCAGAGAAAACUAGAUCAAAAUCUGAUGAUAGUACCCUUUUCACACAUCAUAGUCUUGGGUCUGAUGUGAACAAGAUCAUUAGCCAGUCAUCUUCUAAUAAACAAAUACUUAUAAAUAAAAAUAUAAGCGAACCAACAGGUGGACAGGGUGGUACUGAUCACAUUAAAGGUGCUAUAAUUGGUAAACAUUUAGAGGUCCAGAAAUCAUUAUGAGGCAGAAUAUCCAAAAGGAAGAAAAUUGAGGAAGAAAAUGAACAUGAAAUAAGCUGCCCCCAAGCAUCUUUUGAUAAAGAAAAUGCUUUUCCUUUUCCAAUGAAUGAUCAAUUUCCCAUGAAUGGGGACUAUGUAAUGGAUAAACCUCUGGAUCUGUCUGAUCGAUUUUCAGCUAUUCAGCGUCAAGAGAAAAGCCAAGGAAGUGAGACUUCUAAAAACAGACUUAGGCAAGUGACUAUUUAUGAGACUUUGAAGCCCAUUUCCAAGGGUUCUUCCUCAAGCUGUAAGGCCUUGAGUGGGACCUGGACCAUGUUGUCCAAAGAUUCCCCAGAGGAGCCCCAUUUUCAGGAGUGCAUUGUCCUUCAGCCCUUUGGUAAAUUCUCUCCAGACAAUAAACCGCCAUUACAAAUAAAAGAAGAAAAUCCUGUCUUCAAAAUCCCUCUACAUCCACAUAAAAGUUUGGAGGCAGAGAGUCUUUUCGAUGACAUGAAGGGUACUGGUUCUCACGAGCCAAUAAAAAUAAAAGUCAGGCCAGUCCGUGCAGGAUGUGAACUUGCAUCAGUUCUUCAGUUAAAUCCAUGUGGAAUUGCUAAAGCAAAGCCUCUGCAAAACAACCAAGAUGUAUCCUUUGAAAAUAUCCAGUGGAGCAUAAAUCCAGGAGCAGACCUUUCUCAAUAUAAAAUGGAUAUUACUGUAAUAUAUACAAAGGAUGGCAGUCAGUCAAGAUGAGGAGGAGAGACAAUGGAUAUGGACUGUACGUUGGUUAGUGAAACUGUGCUUUUAAAAAUGAAGAAGCAACAGCAGAAGGGAGAAAAAAGUCCAAAUGAAGAAAGAAAAAUGAAUGAUAGCUUGGAAGAUACGUUUGAUUGGACAACGUAUGAAGAAUAUGAAUCCUGUUUGGCAGAUAAUUUCCCCCAGGUAGUAGAUGAAGAGGAAGAAUUAGCUGUUGCCACUAAGAAACCAAACACUCAUGGUAAUAAACAAGAUAAAGUCAAGCAGAAAACAUUUGUGGAGCCGUAUUUUAAAGAUGAUGAAAGUAUUAUGCAGAUAUGCCAGCAGAAGAAAGAGAAAAGAAGUUGGCUUCCUGUUCAAGACACCGAUUCCGCUACAUUCCACGCAACACACCAGAGAAUUUUUGGGAAGUUGGUUUUCCUUCCACUCAGACUUAUAUGGAGAGAGGUUACAUUAAGGAAGAUCUUGAUCCUUGUCCUCAUCCAAAAAGAUGGCAGCCUUACAAUACAAUGUUUUCUCCAAAAAGCAGGGAGCAAAAGACAUAGAUGUUGA